AUGGAUAACAGUUUUGAUGGUGGGGUAGAUAGGGGUGCUAUAGUUGAAAUUGAGGAGUUCCCACGUCCUUCUCAAGGAAGUCAGUCAAUAGAAGCAUGGGAAAAUGGGACAGGUCUGGAGUUAAGACAAGAGUUUGAAUCCAAGAAAACUGUGAUAGAUUUAGUUCGGAGAGCUUCACUUGGUAAAUGUUUUGGGAUCUCACUUAAGAACUCGGAUAAGAAGCGGUGGGUGGUGAAAUGUGCUGCUGAAAAAGAAGGUUGUGCUUGGCAUAUUCCAGUAGUGAAAGGUGUAAAAUCAGGAUGUUUCAAAGUUACCAAAUAUAAUAAAAUGCCUACAUGCUCCCGGGUGUCACGUAGUGGCUACGCUAGCACAAGAGGCACAAAAAGGUUGGUUGCAUCUUUGGUGAAGGAAAAGUGUGCAAGCCAGUUGCAGACCACAACACCAGCUGAAAUUAUGACUUUGCUUCAAACAGAGGUCGGUGUGUCAGUAUCUUAUGCUACUGCAUGGAGAGGGAGAAAUAUAGCUCGUAAUGAAGUGAUUGGAGAUCCAGAGGAGAGUUUCUUGUUGCUGCCUUCUUACUUAUACAUGCUGGAGCAAGCUAAUCCUGGAACAAAAACGAAAUUGUGUUUAGACGGUGAAGAGAGGUUCAAGUACCUUUUUGUCGCACUUGGAACUUGCGUGGAAGGGUUUGAAGGAAUGAGGAAAGUUAUUAUUGUAGAUGCAACAUUUCUGAAGGCUGGCUAUAAUGGUGUUUUAGUUAUUGCAACAGCUCAAGACCCUAAUCAUCACCAUUACCCUCUUGCAUUUGGUGUUAUUGAUGGUGAAAAAGAUGCAAGUUGGAACUGGUUUUUCGAAAGGUUGAAAACUAUUUUUCCAGAUAAUGGUGAGUUGGUUUUUGUAACUGACCGUAAUCAAAGUUUAGUUAAAGCGGUUGGCGAAGUGUACCCGAGGGCUCAACAUGGCUUUUGUAUAUAUCAUAUGUCGCAAAAUGUGAAAUCUCAUGUUUAUUAUGUGAACAAAGAGGAGGCCGCUGAAAAAUUCAGAGAGUGCGCAAGGGUGUACACAGAAGCUGAGUUCCUGCAAAAGUAUGAUAAAUUUAAAGGGAGGUACCCAACCACUGUCACUUAUCUUGAAAAAGGGCAGGAAGGUGGCACAGAGACCAUCAAUAGUGUGAAAUACUGGGCAAGAUGUUAUUUUCCUGGUGAAAGACAUAGGAAGGAGGCUGCAUAUGGUAAGGUGACAGAGAAAUUAGUGCCUUAUGUGGAGAAUAUAUUGCACUCGAGAUGUUUAGUUGCCAAGAAACUAAUUGUUGUGGAACUGAACAGUUUCAAGUUCAUAUACAUAGUUACUGGGAAAGAUGGAAAUGCUUAUGUGGUACACUUGUUACAGAAAACUUGUGAUUGCAAGCAUUUUUACAUAGACAAGUACCCCUGUGUACAUGCAUUAGCUGCAGCUAUGAAAUGCAACGAACAAAAAGAUGGAUCCAGGUAUUUCCAUUACCAUGAUCUGUGCUCUAGAUAUUAUUGGACUGACCAGUGGAAGUUGGCAUACGUGAGGACGAUCUAUCCAGUACCGCCUAGAUAUCAGUGGUUAAUUCCAGCUGAAACAUGUGGUUUUGUCUGCAAACCACCAAAUUUUCCCAAGCGAAAGAAAGGAAGAAAGAGGGAUAAGAGGUUCACAUCCACGGGAGAACACCGUCGUGGUAACAAACGGGUGCCAGGACAAAAAUUUUGCAAGGACUUGGUUACAUUGUAG